CUAAAUAUCACCACUUACGAAUUGCAACCUCACCGCUAGAUGCCUUUAAAUCCGACACACUGCACCUUUAACAAGGGCUGACAAAUUCACUUGGAACUGAUACAUUAUACAUUUGAUUUUGUUAUAAGCGUUUUGAUAGGCAUCACAUUUAUGUCACAGAAUCAUUCUUAUCGUCUAACGACCCAAGGAUCGGGAUUGAAUAGACCUGUGAGGUCCCUGGUGACUCUCACCCGUGCGAGGCAGAGCACACAGACAGAGAGCGAAGCUGCAGGUAAACCUACCAAGGAAUAGUGCAGCAUGCACUAACAGCCAAAGCUGUUAUUGUAUAGGGCAAAUAAGACAAUUAAGGACAAUUAUUAUACAGUACAUUUUUUCCAACAACGUCUGGACAAGCUCCAAACUGAGUUAAACCAGUAUGCACUGUCUGUGUUCGCAACAAUUGUGCUUCAUUUGCAAAACAGUAAAGGGAGGUCGAAAAAGUAGCCGCAGAAAAGGCAGCACAAGGACAACUCCCACCCACUGCAGCACAUGUGUCAGUCCAUAUCAUCCAAAUACAUUGGCAUACACACGUAUAAAUCAACACUUCCACAUACCAGUGCCCUCAAUGCUUUGCUCUCAGCUGGUUUACAAUGAGAACACUUCAAAUGAAAAAAAAAAAAAAAAAACAUGGCUUUGCAAACAUUGACACUUCUCAUAGUGCCGAAAUGUGGCAACCAAAUAUUCACUGCUUUCACAACACCCAAGUGUUCUGAACAACUGUAAUACACAGCAUGGAAUACUUCACCAAGACAACAAAAAAAGGAAGCCUGAAUGGAUAACCUGGGAAAAUGAGAAAGAGAGAUGCUGCAGUUGUGUAAGGUCACAGAGUGCCUGCUCAUCAGCAAUGCCCGGUCAGCAUGCAGUACUGAGCUAAUCCAGCAGGAGGCAGUCACCCUCUGCAUCAAUGUUUCUAGGCAGCAACCUUUUCCCUCUGGUCAUGUCAGCACGGUCCGGAUCCCUGUCUUCGAUGACCCAAAUGAGGACCUAUACAAGUACUUUGAUCAGUGCGCGGAUGCUAUUGCCACUGAAGCAGUACGGGGCGGACACAGCGUUGUGUACUGUAAGAAUGGCCGCAGUCGCUCAGCAACCAUCUGCGUGGCCUACCUAAUGAAGCAUCAGGGCCUCUCCUUGGCAGAGGCAUUUCAGACUGUGAAGGAUGCCCGUUCAGUUGUGGAGCCAAACCCAGGUUUCUGGGCCCAGUUGGAGAAAUAUGAGCAGGAACUGAAGAGCAGGAGAGCAAUGCAAAUACAUAAACCCAAGCACUUCUUCCGGCUGUCUGCCGAGCGACUGCUUCCAUGGAGGAGACAUUCAUCACAACAUAAAUUCAAUGGAAUGUAAAGGUCUACGUAAUAUUCCAGUAUGCAUUUUUUAUUGUAUUCACCAGUAUGGAAACAAAAAUGUGCAACCCAGUAAGACCACACAACUGAAAUGAUUGAGGAAAUACCAUGUUGUUGAACAGCCCAUUACUUAUAUCUGAACCUCCUGUAAGUCUUUUAGUUAUGUUCAAGAACUCUUAGGUCGCAUGUUUAGCUCUGCAGUACACUUGGUUUUUUUUGUCCCAUCCAUUUGCGCCACUGUCAACAGGCGAUACAUGAAGCUAGAUAAUAGCACAAGCCAUUAAGGGCUAUUAUCAUUAUCAACUCAACCCAGAAUCUCAGGGGCCCAUGCCUUGUUGAUCCACUGUUGAUGGAAGGCAAUGCACUAAUAAAAUGAAUAAUGUGUAAAACUCA